AUGGAGAAAUAUGAACACCUGGGUCUGGUGGGAGAAGGCAGCUAUGGAAUUGUAAUCAGAUCCCGGAACAAGGAAAAUGGGAGAAUUGUUGCCAUCAAGAAAUUCCUGGAGGACGAUGAUGACAAAAUGGUGAAAAAAAUUGCCAUGCGGGAGAUUAGGUUGCUAAAGCAACUCCAACAUGAGAACCUGGUCAAUCUGCUCGAAGUGUGCAACAGGAGGAGACGCUGGUACUUGGUUUUUGAAUUUGUCGACCACACAUUGUUGGAUGAUCUGGAGCAGUGUCCAAAUGGGUUGGCGCACGACAAAGUCAGGAGAUACCUGAUUCAGAUCCUGCGAGGGGUAGCCUUCUGUCACAGUCACAAUAUUAUUCACCGUGACAUUAAACCAGAAAACAUUUUGGUCUCUCGGUGUGGGGUUGUUAAAUUGUGUGAUUUUGGGUUUGCCCGGAGUCUAGCAGACCCAGGAGAGACCUACACCGACUACGUAGCCACCCGCUGGUACCGUGCCCCUGAGCUGUUAGUCGGAGAUACCAAAUACGGCAAGUCUGUCGACGUAUGGGCUGUUGGUUGCCUGGUAAUGGAGAUGUUGACUGGACAACCACUGUUUCCUGGAGAUUCCGAGAUUGAUCAAUUGUAUCACAUCAUCAGGUGUGUCG